AUGGACACUCUCACAGAAGCCCUUGCUGGAAGCUUCUCGGUUUCUUCACAACUUAACAGUCCAUCUGCUCCCCACCCACGACUGGCACAGUACAAGAGCAAAUACAGCUCUCUAGAACAGAGUGAACGCCGGAGGAAACUGCUGGAACUACAAAAAGCGAAACGGUUAGACUAUGUAAACCAUGCCCGUCGACUGGCAGAAGGGGACUGGACAAAGAAAGAGGAAGAGAAGAUAGAUGACAAGCAAGAAAAAGAAGAUGAAGUGGGGGGCGAAGAGGAGAUGGAUGUGGAUGCUGGCAAGAAGUUGCCAAGGCAUUAUGCUAACCAGCUAAUGCUGUCUGAGUGGUUGAUAGAAGUCCCUCCAGACCUGGCUGAUCUGUGGCUCCUUGUAGUGUGCCCCACUGGAAAGCGUUCCUUAAUUGUGGCAUCUAAGGGCUCCACUGCAGCUUAUACUAAGAGCGGAUAUUGUGUAAACCGGUUUCCUUCACUCUUACCUGGUGGAAACAGACACAAUUCCAGUGGCAAAGAUUACACCAUUUUGGACUGCAUAUACAACGAGGCAUCUCGGACUUAUUAUGUGUUAGAUGUCAUGUGUUGGAGGGGGGCAUCCAGUUUAUGAUUGCCAGACUGAUUUUCGCUUUUAUUGGCUUCAGUCAAAACUUCUGGAACAAGAUGGACUUGGCGAUAUUUCCAAACUGAACCCAUUCAAGUUUAUUGGAUUGCAAAACUUCCCAUGCGGCCUGGAUUCCAUACAGAAUGUUCUAAUUCAAACAUUUCCCUACUCGGUGGAUGGACUUCUUUUCUACCACAAGCACACCCACUACACUCCGGGAAGCACUCCACUGGUAGGGUGGCUGCGGCCAUAUAUGGCUCCUGACAUACUGGGCUUCACUCCCCAACCAGGACCCCUUACAGAGAAGCCAGCAUAUGCAAUGGAGCAAAUGAGGCAGAUCCUAGAACACAAGAAAGAAGGGAAGGGAACAGCAGAAGGUGGACGAUAUGAACUAGAACACCUCUCCACGCUCCCUUCAGCUCCAUCAGUAUUAAGUGAAGGGCAAGAAGGAGAGAAUGGAUCAAAGACUUGUGUCAACCAAAACUCCUUCAGUUCCACUGGAAUGGAUUCGUCUUGA